AUGUUCCCGAGGGGUCCCCGCUUUCCCGCCCCAAAAGCCCCCGAUGUUCCCGGUCCGAAUGCAUACAACCCCCAAGAUCCCGAAUACGAUGCCUAUAAGCGUGGGGCCUUUCUAGAAAAAACGAACAGAUUUACAAAGGAUAAUCCCUCAGACGUUCCUGGCCCAGGCACGUACAACACUGAGACCAACGCUACACGCUCCAAGCCACCGAACAAUGGGACAAAGUCAAAUGUGGACCGUUUCGCAGUGUUGCAGCGUAAGCUGGAGGAACUAGAGCGAGUGCAUACAGAUGGCAAAAAGUCUCAUCACCUGGAAUUGGAGCGUUUGAAACUUGAUCUCAGUCGCGCUCAAAGAGCCGCCACUGAGCAUGCAGAACGUGCCGAUAAGCUCAAGAAGCAGAACGAACAGCUCGAAGCCAGACUGCAAGAGCUCAAGAAGUCGACCGUUUCCGAACAAGGGGACCUGCGUGACCUGCGCAUCAAACUAAAGGCUGCUGAACAUGAGCGGACUCAACUUGCCGCGAAGCAGGGCGAGACGAGCGAGAUGAAGAAAGCCUUACAGGCUGCUGAGGCGAAGCGCAAGGAUGACCUACGCGAACGAGACAGAAGGAUCGCGGAGCUGGAGAGGGGCCUACAAUCGGAGAAGAAGAAGCGUGAAAUGGCUGAAGCGCGGCUUGCAGACGUCAAGGGGAAGGUAGAUAUGGAGUCGCAGCAAGCCCGUGCUGCUGUAUCCGAUCUGGAGUCACAGCUCGCCAGUACACGAGCGGAUGUCUACGACACCAAGGCCUCGCUCGAGGAUCUGAAGGCGCAGGCGGCUGAUACGGAAGAAGAGCUCCUGGAGAGACUUGAACAACAUCGUGCACUCUUGGCCCGAGUGGCAAAUGAGUACGGCAGGCUCGCAGCGGCCACUGUGCACAAGUCGCACCACAUUCGCGUGCAGGAUCAGAGCAAUAACCUCCAGCUGCGUGUCUUCCGCUUAGAGCGCAAGCUGGCCAACGCAGACGGGCAGGUUGUUGAACUAGCUAACCUCGUCCGCCACACGAAGGAGGAGAACAUAUUCCUGGCAGCCCGUCUCCGCGAAGCGGACGAGGAAGCAGUCUUCUACGCUCGCCUGGCUAGCGAACUUUCAAACCCCCUACCGGAUCCGCCUGCCUGGAGGGAACUCGACCGUUGCCUGGAUAAUAUCGCGGACGGCUUGCAGCGAUCACGCGCGGAGAUUCACGAGCGCAUUACAGCUGACUUUUCAACGUGGGUGGAUCUACAUCGCCUUCGGGACGACGCCCUGGUGUUCCACAGCUCUGUUCUGCUGAAGGCCUUGGACCAAACGAACGCACUGGCGCAGCGGCAUUCUACGCAGCUGACAGACGCUCAGGCGAGAUGUACCGAGCUUCAAACAACUCUCGCGACUGCACAAGAGGACUGUGCAAAUGCUCAGGAACAAUUGGUGGAAACAAAGGUUGCCCUCGAGAAGUGUCAGGCACUAGAGGCUGCCUUGAGGAAGGAUCUUGAUAACACUCGUGCUCAGAUGCAACAAGAGGCAUCAAAGGGUGAACAGUUGCUUCAAAAGGAGAAGGACGCGAACACACGUCUUGCGGAUACGGUUCAUAAGAGUCGGAUGGCAGAAGAAGGAUUGCAAGCGGAGAUCGAGCAAUUGACUUCGGAUCUAGCCCAAGCAGAGCAGUACCAGGAGGCGUACAACGGUCUCCUGGAGGAAGUAGACGCGCUCGUCGCAAAGAAUGCUUUGGCAGAGGAGGAAGCAGUACGACUUAGCAAGUUCAACGCCGAGAUCGUCGGCCACAGGAAUCCGGCGCAGCGUAUCGUGUACGUCGACAAAAUCAGACGGGAGCUGCAUGAAACGAAACAGAAACUUCUCAUGACAUCGCGAGAUCGAGACGCUGUGCAAGCUCACAAUGAGGAUCUGCAGUAUGAAAUUGCGCUCUACAAGUCGGUCGCAAUCCCAUCAGAGUACAAACCGAGAACGGCGGUUACUCGUGUAGAGCGCGCCCCAAUGGUCACACAGGGUUUAAGUAUCAGCAAGGGCGUUGAACAUGGCAAAUCCAUAUCCGUUCCCAGCGCAAGACUCGCGUCCAUGCCAGAAAUGGAGUACGAACAGGGAGGAAUGACGUUGGACGAGAUCAUGUAA